AUGAAGAAUUCAAAGCAAGGUGGAGUUGCUUCAAGUGCAAAUAACGUUCCUUUUCACUUGAACAACGGCAGUCACUCUCAUUCUCAGCACAGCUAUCCCUAUAAUUAAUUCAACUUUGAUUCAGCCUAAAAUUUUGAACUUGCUCUAAUGGAUAAUGAAUCCCCAGAGCGAAACUAAGGUGCCUAUAAUGGCAAAUAAAACCAUAGGUAAAACAUGAAUGAUGCGAUGUUCUUCAGAAUGUAGUCUUAGGAUCAAAGUUCUAACUUUAACCAAAACCAGUUUUUUAAUGAUCCCAUUCCAGAUCAAGAGGGAUUUCUUAAGUCUAUCCUGGAGUAGAACCUAGACGGGGAUUACUCAGAUAGAUUUAAUCGGUAGGUGUACAUUGGAGGAGUAGGCGUUGGAGGAGUCGGAGGAGAGGAUCUCAAUAAAAUUCAUUAGAAUUUUGCUGGCGACACUUUCAGUCAAAUCAGUUCAACCUAUGAACAGUAAUUACAGCAGGUUAUUAGUGGGGGUAAUGGGAAUAGCAAUUAAUAAUAAAGCAGACAUCAGCAAUCUCAAAAUGAUGCAGGCAAGUCAAACAAACUCAGCAAUAAUAAACUGCAUCAGUAUUACGAGAAAAACCGAUCCAAAAGCAAAUAAAAUAAUAGUAAUAAUAUAAAUAUUCAUGAUGAUGAGUUAUUAGACUCUGCAAUUCUUAAUAAUUUAAAUGAGGAUAUGAAUAGUCCAAGAGAAUUAAAUAAUAAUAAUAUGAAUCACUUUUCAAAAAUAAUCCCUGGCAAUGGCAACCAAAUUAUUGAUUUUCAGUAUUCUAAGAAUAAUGACAACUUACCAAGUCCACACAGCAAUCUUAACAACAUUAUAAUGAACUCUGAUAAUUUGUAGCAGUCAGAUAUCCAAUCGACCAUGACUAUUUACAAUUCAGGAAUUUUCGACGAUGCUUCUAUUAUUCGAAUCUUAGACAAGUCAAUAUCAGAUGAUUCGUUGUUUCUGCUGCAGUAGAUUGAAGAUGUGAACGGCAACAAGCAACAAUCUCAGAUGCGAACUGGCUAAGAAAUUGAAAACAGUUUCAAAUUCGAAUGUGAAGAUGUUAAGUAAAUUCUUAUGAACAUAACUAACAAGUACAAGGAGAGACUGCAAAGAUAGAGACAAAAUGGGCCAUAGUCAUCAAGUUAAUUCGUUCCAAUCUCUUGUGAGGAGUUGAAAUCAUUCGAAAUAUUGCAAACUUCAGCCAUUGAAAAAAUAAGAUAGAUACAGUCACUUGGUAAACUAGUGUUUGACAGUUAGAGGGUGAAAAGUCUCUCGUUCAAGAACUAUAAGCAGAACUUGAAAAUUUAGCUGCAUAAUUAGAUUCAAAAAUUUAAGGACAUCUGCAAGAGACAGUACUAGCAAGCUGAGGAAAGAAAGUUCAAGUACCAGAUCAAUGAAUUUGAAAACAACGAGAAAAUAUAGCAGUUAGAAGAACGAUUGGAAAGAUAAAACGAAGAUGUAAAUAAACUGGCUAAUAAAUGUGAAUAACUAAAAUUUGAAAAAAAGAUCAUCGCUCAGAAAAACUAGCAAAAAUUGAUUGAAAUGGAAGCCAUACUUAAAUCAUUAAUAAAGAAUUUGGAGUCAUAGGAUAGGGAAAAACUUUCUAAAAUCAACAAUUCCUUCUGUCUCGGCACUGAUCACUCAAUGCUGCUGCAGCCUAUCAAUAAAAAGAGACUAUAGUAAAUAAAACAACAGCAAAUGACUGAUAUUCAGCAGUCUGUAGAUGAAAAAGAGAAUGAAAGCAUACUUUCUAAUCAAGUGGCUUCCAAGUAUUAUGACAAUAGAGAGUUGAGGAUGAAUCUAUAGCAUAUUAAAAGACUUGUCAGAGAAAAUAAGAAAAUAAACUUAGUUGCAAGGGAUGAUCAUUAGUUUCAACAACAGGAAGGUGGUUCAUAUUAUGAGUCUUCGUCGAUUCUAAAUCUAAUGGGUGAACUUAACAAGGAAAACGGUUAAAGAGAUUCACUAAUUUAGUAGUCGUAGUUUAUACCAGCUGAGGGCAGUUAAGCUGAUAUCAAUAGAGCUUUUAUUCAGUCUUAGAAUGCAAGUUCUUCCAUGUAAAGCUAAAAUAGUAAUUUAUUCAUAAGGGGAUAGAAAAUGAUUAACAUUGAGGAAGAAGAUGACAAUAAUCAGUCGCUUGAUUACAAGUUUGACAAAGAUCACAUAUUGGUAGUGAUGGAUGGAAAUAAAAAUCAUUAAAAUAUAUAGUAAAAAUCGAAAAGAAGUCUUAAAGACAUUAUGUACCUUGAUGAUAAGAUCUCUGCUUAAGACUUAGUUGCUGGAGCCUCUUAAGAAGACAUAUCUGAUACCUAAAGAAGAGUUAAAGAGCAGCAGCGAUAGAUCAUGCUUUAAAUGAAGAAAACUGAUAAAUUUGAUUAGAAGUUUUUCAGCAUGAGUCAGCAGAACUCAAUUGAUGAUGAUUUGAAUAUUCUUAAUGACCUUUCAAAGGAAAAACUAGGCAAUAAUUUAUAGGAUCUUAACUUCCCUCACGACCUAUCUGGGAUUAAUGAUGACUUCUAGUUUAAAAACAGCAUUUAAGAAGGCAAUAAAUUUGGUUCUGGAAGAGAUAUCUUCAUUGCUGAUGACUUCACUGGAGGAAGUCUAGAGUUUAAUAGCAGAAAUGAUGAGAAACUAUACUCUGGAGGAAGCAGCCAACUAUCAAUGAUUUAGGCAUUUCAAUCUUCGAAGAGAUUCGUAAACAUCGGAAAUAAUGAAAUAUUUAUUGUGAAAGUAUUAGACAGAAAGAUACACAUUCCUAAACUGAAUCUGAGAGUAAUUUCAGAGUAUGGUGAGCCAUUCAAACACAACAUUCCUGAUAUUGAAAAUAGUCAGGAGUCUAGUCUUAGUCAAUCGCAAUUUCCUCACUCAUCAAAAUCUUAAGUUUAGAAGCAAAUUAUUUAGACUGACCCACCCAACAUCACUAGCUUUUAAAAUGAAUCAAUUUCAAAGAACUACUAAGACUAAAUUGAGAACACUUAUGGCUCUAUGAAGGAAGACGCAGGGGCACUUGAUCAAGCAAUUUGCAUUGAUAACAGUAAAAUUAAUAACUCUUAAAGUUCAAACAAGAAUAGCUUUGUCCCUUAGAAUGCUGGCUUCAAUAUGUUCGAUUCAUUCAAAUAAGAAUUAAGUAGACUAGAUUAAGUCAAAGGAAAUUAAAAUGUGAACAUUGCAGUAUCAUCGGGUGAAAAGUCUUAAGUUAAUAACAUUAAGAAAGAUACUUAAAACGAUACUAUGAACUUAGAUGAAAGCCUAAUACAACCUAAUUAAGAUGAUAACAUAAUUUUCAAUGAAUAAUUCAGAUAAUAAUUCUUGAAUGAGCAGUAAAAGUAAGAUCUAAUUCAUGGAUAAAGUAGAGAUAAAUCAGUAGACCUUUCUAUAAACUUGAGUCGGUUCAAGAAAUCUCAAUCUGACCCAAAUCUUAUGUUUAAUGAGGUAGAAUCAGAUGAGGAAGAGAAACAGUAGAAAAAUCCUUAUAAUAAAUAGAGCAACAAUUAACCCUAGAGAUCAACCUAUCAAAGCUUACUUAAUUAAGAUGAUUUAAACAAUGAGAAGAAUAGCACACAAGUAAAUCUUAAGAAACUUAAAACCCCAUAAAACCAAGCUCAAGCUAGAUUCAAAUUUAAUUAGCCUAGAGAUGAAAGUCUGUAAGAUUAGAAGUAAAACUAGCAACCAUAAAAUGGCAAAAAGUUAUUGAGAAAAUCACUUGGCUAGUUUCAAAGCAAGAAGAGAUCAAGUGCUAAUAACUCAAAGAAUGAUCCUGAAUUAUCUGAGAAAUAAUCUGAUUAAAACACUGAAAGUUAAUUAUCUAAGCCCGUGAGAACUGUUAUUAGUCUGAAUAAGCAAAUCAUUCAUACGAUUCAAGAUCAAUAAAUUCAGAGUACAGAGGGGUCUUAAAAGCCAUAGUAAUUUUCAGGUCAACGUAUGACUACACAGAGCCCUGAUUUAUCUGAAGCUACAUCUGAAAAUAACUAAAAAAUAAAAAGAAUAGUGUAGAAGCCAAAAAAUAGGAGAGACAUUUCUGUCAUAAAAACUAAUCCAAAUCUAGAGCAUAUAAUUGAAUCAGAUUAGAAUUCAGCUAAGGAUCCAUAUAUCUCAGACAAUAGCUCAGUCAAUAAUAAUAAAAAUAUAAAAUCCAAGCUCAUUCAAAACUAUGUAGUCUCUGCUGCUUCAAUGCAAAGUCAAAAUUCUCAUAAAUCUAUCUAGAGCAAAAUAUUAAACCAAAAGCAGCAAGCUUAAGGCACUCGAAAUCAAUUAGGCUUUGCCCAGUAUUCUCAUUAAGAUAUCAAUAACAGUAGCAAUAUUCUUAAGGCAGCAGAUCCAUAUGUUUCUAAUUCUAAUUUGAUAAAGUAGACUAAGGAAAUCUCAAAUAAUUCAAUGAUCUAGCAAAUGAAGGAAUACUAAGAGCAAUGUGAUGUUUCACUUAAUGUCAAUAUUCAGAGGAAAAAGAUGAUCAAAUAACCAAUUGCCCCCAAUAACCAAACUCAAGAAGAUGAAGAUAAAAUUUGUUUAUCUCCCAAUCAAAAGAAAUCUUCAUAGUCACAUACUCCUCAGAAAAAAGGAUUAAUGAUAGUUAGCAAAUAAUUGAUAAAGGCUAAGAUUAAAAUCAACAAUGUAAAUAGUACCAAUGUAACUAACAUUGCUGGAGUAAAUGCCAGUCUGCUGGUGGAAGCUGACAACCAGGGAUAAGAUAAACCUCUGCAGAAAUUCAAGAUGCCAAUAAACAAGAUCUCAUUGAAUAAGAUUAAAAUGAAUAAGAAUGGCUAAAAUAAGACAGUUAUUAACUAAAGCGAGUCAGUGUUGAUACCUGAUCACAACCAUGUUGAAAACUCAAUGAUGAUUCAUGAUAUAUCAAUGAUAAAUCCGCCUCCUAAUUCAUAAAAACCUAAACCAACCACCAAACUAAUAUUAAACAAUGACAAUAACACUUCCCAUAUUCUGAACUAAUCAGUGGUCUAAGGCUAAAAAGGUGUCUUGCCAAGUUCAAUAGUGAAUAAGAACAUUCAAAACCUAGUCUCGUAGUAAGCUACUAGUCAGAGUCAAUAAAAAUAGUAGUAGGCUUUCAAACAGUUUAGUGUAUCCAAGGAUCUUUUGGAUAAGAUCAAGAAAUAGCAAGCCAAGCAAAAUGAAUCCUCUGUUUCAACAGUCAAUCAGUCUGCUAUUUUCCAGCCUCUAAAUAUAGUUAAUCAGAAAAGUUUUAAAUCUAAUAAUCCUAAAAUUGACAGGUCAAUGCUUGUAGGAGAUUAAUCUGCUAUUAUUCAAAAUAACAUGAGUUUAUUAUAUCAAAAUAGCAAUAAUCCAAAUGUUACUCAGAUAAAUAAUGAAUAUGAAGGGCCUUAUGAUAUGAGUAUGAUUGCUCCUAGUAUUAACGAUGCUAAUAGACCCUCUAUUAUAAAUGACAAGAAUUAUAGUAGUUUGCCAUCCAAAUCCAAAGCAAAUGCUAACUUAUUCGCAGGGGAAAUUAAAAAAGUAGAGGAAAAUAAAAUACAAAAGAGAAGGCGAGAUUAGCUUCUUUUCAAAGCUUCCCUUAUAAAUCAAUAAAAUAGCAGCUCUAGCAAUAUAAAUCAAAAUCAAUAGUGA